AUGCAAAACGCGCGUGACAGGAAGAUCAUCCCGACUGGAGACAGUGCAGGCCAAGUGGAGAAGCAUUCGACGCACAUAUACCCACAUCGGCUCAACUUUUAUGACACGCCUCCUCUAGGAGACAUCACAAUUGAAGAGUUUGAGACAUGCGCCCUUGAUCGGCUUCGAGUACUUGCUGAGAUUGAGUCUUCCUUCGUACGGAAUCGAGCAUACGAGGAGCUGAAGGAGGUUACCACGAAACAUUGUCAAAAAUACCUUCCUCUCAACAGCAACUCAGCGCACACUCUGGACCUAGAUGCAGAACGCAGGAAAGACCACGUAGGACAUUUCGUCCUCAGGCUAGCAUUUUGUCGUUCAGAGGAGCUGCGCAGAAGAUUUGUCAAAGCUGAAACAACCUUGUUCCGCGUACGGUUCGACAAUGAUGAUGGGGAAGAGCGAGAGACGUUCCUCAAAUCAAGAAACUUCGAAUGGGUGCUGGUAACAAAUGACGAGAAAAACCAAUACAAGUCGCAGUUGGCUGCUACGACAAUGAAAGGUGCGAGCGUGGACACAGAGAGAUACUACAAGGUCAAGUGGACUCGAGUACCUGAUCUUGUGGAACGACGGAGAGUACUUUUAAAAGCGGGAUUUGCUUACGUCCCCUCGCGAGAGAUCUCGAGUGUUGCGUUUCAAGAAUUUCAGACGAAUCUCACCAAAGCCCUAGAAAUGACUGCAAAGGCCUUGCCUUGGCUUGACGAGGACACUCGUAUUGUGCCCAUUCUCGAUAACCUUUCGCAAGGAUUCUUGGCUGGCGUACCAUCAGAAUGGAGUGGCAUGUCGACCGGUAGCGGAACCGAAAUCACAGCAGAAAUGGUGGAUGAUCUCGCUCGCAAACACUUCCCACUUUGCAUGCGAAAUCUUCACGACAGCCUGAGAAGAGAUCGUCACCUCAAGCAUUUUGGAAGACUGCAGUAUGGUCUAUUCCUGAAGGUGCUGGGCCUUUCGAUUGAGGAAGCAGUUACGUUCUGGCGUAGAUCAUUUAGCAAUAUCCAAGAUGACAAGUUCAACAAAGAGUAUAGAUACAACAUCCGACACUCGUACGGACUUGAGGGAAAGCGGGCGAACUAUCCUGCAAAGAGUUGUCAGCAGAUUCUCAUGUCCGAUCAACCUGGGCCAGGCGACUCGCAUGGUUGUCCGUAUCGCCAUUUCUCUCCGGACAAUGUGCAAACUGCCUUGUUGUCUAUGUACUCAAGUCGGGGACUCACCGCCGCAGACCUGCCAGAGAUUAUGAAUACUGUGAAGGGUAGCCACUACCACGUAGCCUGCACACGGGUCUUCGAAAUCACCCAUGCGCAAUAUGGCGUCUCCAAGGGUGAUGGUAUUGGUGGCGGAGAAAGCGUUACACACCCGAAUCAAUACGCCGCCAAGAGCAGGGAGCUCGCGAAGGAGAAUGAGGGCACAAAGGCCGAGGGUGACGGGGACAUUAUCAUGAUGGACUGA